AUGGCUACUCUCGCAGCAAACGAUCAGGAGAACGCCGUCCGCCAUCUGCACGCCGGCGCUGCGGGAAAGUCGCUCAAUGCCGGCCUCAAGAGCUUCAACGCCAAAACACCCGGAAACAAAGCCCCGAAGACGCCUUUCAAGAUCCCCCUCAACGACGAGAAUGCCGUGGGCAGAGCUGGAAACGCCAAAGGCAAGGGAAAUGAUCUCUUCACCACCAACAAGGGCGGAAAGAUAGACGCGAAUGCCUUUGUUACACCAGCCGGUCCGCGAACUCGCGCGCCGCUGGGUAUGAAGACGACCAAUGCCAAGUCUAGGGCCUUUGCAACUCCAGCGCCUCUUUCCUCCGUUGGAAAGACGCAGAAACUGAGCCCUCGCAUGCGCCGACCCAAAGUGAAGAUCCACCAACCCGAAGUCGCCCAAGAGGAUGAAGAUGACGUGCCUGAGAUUGAGUACAUGCCACCCAAGGAGAUCCCGCUCGAAGAUGACAUGGACGAAUACCUCCCCAAGAACUGGACCAUUCCCAAACUCAGUAAUCAGGAUAUGGUCCGCGGCAUCUGGCAAGCCUACCACAACCCAAUCGAGGACGACGGAAGGACCCGUGAGCAGCGCAAGUUUGAGGAGGAGAUACAGCAGGGUCGCAAAAAGCGCGACGAGCACAUGGAGAAGGUCCUUGCCGCACAGAUGGCUAGGAAUGAUGCUGAGACUAAGGAAUACUACGGUAUCAAGGAAGCGAAGAAGGAGGCACCCAAGGCACCCGUUGCACUUAGGACGAGGAUGACUGGGCCAUCGACUAUGCGAGCCAGGUCUGCAGCUGCCGCUCUCUCUCCACCAUCCAAGCCUAGCUACGCCGCUCCCGCUGCAGCUGUAAAGUCGCGCGUGCCCACUGGACUAGUCGCAAGCAGGAAGGGAGCAAAGACACCCACGGAGCUCUCAGCAUCUCGUCAAGCGUCUGCUGCAGCAGCUUCGAAAAGCACCAUCGGCUACGCUCAAGGCCGCGCCGGACGCGCUGCUCCAGCUGCUCGCAAGCCUCUCUCCAACGUCACCAAGCCUGCUCCUUUCUCCGCUGCUUCUCGGCCCGCCUCCUCCACUCACAUCCGCAGUGCGAGUACCAACACUGGUACUAUACGGUCUCGCGGUCCCAUGUCUCGUUGCAGCUCCACCGCCACCGACGCUACACUCGUCGCACCUUCAGAGGAAGAGCAGCCCCGCCGCACAGCUGAGGACCUCGAGCGUGAGAUGGAACUAUUACUUCUCUCCCGCUCAGACGACGAGGACGAUGAUGCAUGGAUGAAUAGCUUCAACAACCAGCUACAUGGUGCAGAUCCUCUCGAGGAAGAUCAUGAGAACUUCCAGCUUCAGCUCCCUGAAGGUCUCUAG